UUGCGUUUUAUUUUUUAUCAAAUUUGUAAUCAUGAGUCAACGACAGGUUUUACAAGGUACGAUCAUUCGUAGUUGCACGUUUUCAAGACUGUUUUCGAAGCUGUUUUGAAUUAACCUCAAGUGUAAAGUUAGUGCCAGACAAAACUUAGCUAAAGAACAUCAGUUGACAUUUUUUAAUACUAAUGAAUCGUUCAUUUCUCUCUUUUAGUGUUUGAGCAGUAUCAGAAAUCAAGGACACAGUUUGUGCAGACUAUUGCUGAGCUUGCAACAAGACCGCAAAACAUUGAAACUUUACAAAAUGCUGGUAAAUUGGGACUUGGGUACCCAUUUCUGUAUAUAUGUAUUUUUUCAAAUCAAUAUUAUAUUUUAGCUGACUUUCAUUUAUGUGCUGAUCACAUUUCUAUCGAUAACUUAUAACAAGACAGAAUUCCAUUCCUACAUGUCCCCCCUCUCUAGGUGUGAUGUCCCUGCUGCGGCCAUUACUGCUAGAUGUGGUUCCUACCAUCCAGCAGACAGCUGCUCUGGCUCUGGGAAGACUGGCCAACUACAAUGACGACCUGGCAGAGGCCGUCGUCAAGGGAGACAUCCUCCCACAGCUCGUCUACUCCCUGGCCGAGCAGAACGUAUGUCUGUGUGUGUCUGUUUGUCUCUGUGUGUGUGUGUGUGUGUGUGUGUGUGUGUGUGUGUACACCAACAUACACUCCCUCAUUCACCCUGCUGAAUGGUGUCCCUGACCCUGAGAGUGUGUUGGCAUUGUACCCUGGGCAGGGGGCCACUCCAAAGGCUAAAGCACCCUUCACACCACAGCAGGGCCUCUCUAUCUCUAUCUGCCUUCUCACAGGGGUCUGCAUGCAUAGUCAAUGCUCUGAAUGGAAACUCGCUUAAAGGUGCAAUAUGCAGAAAUCGCUCCGCCAUUUUCUGAUUGCUAAAAUUCUAAUAGUUCGCCUAAUUUCAGUUUAUGUGACAAAACAAGCAGAGAAUCAUUGUACCAUCUAAACUGCUGUGAAAUAUAUUUUCAAUAACCAAAAAAAAGGCGAACUAUAAGAAUUUUAGCAACCAGGAAAUGCCACAGCUAUUUCUGCAUAGUGCAUCUUUAAGAAAGAGAAGCAUAGAAAUAGUGCAUAUAGAGCAGCUCUAUCGCUUCUUAGACCAGCUUUCAAUGCGUGACAAAUCUACAACUCACAUUUCUAUGUGAAUUUGGUCAGGUCGCCCAAAAAGUUACAUAUUGCAGCUUUAAGAGCAUCUGCUAAAUGUGUAUUAAACGUUUUUUCCUCCCAUCUGCGUGUGUGCAUGUGUAGAGGUUCUAUAAGAAGGCAGCUGCGUUUGUCCUGCGUGCGGUGGCCAAGCACAGCCCUGCUCUGGCCCAGGCCGUGGUGGACUGUGGAGCGUUGGACGCUCUGGUCAUCUCUCUGGAGGAGUUUGACCCUGACGUCAAGGAGGCUGCCGCCUGGGCUCUGGGAUACAUUGCACGCCACAACGCACGUAAGGACAUAGUAUACACAGACCAGGGGUUUGAACCGGUUCAGGGAACAGAACAAAGCACCUAUGCAAGUCCUUCACCCUGACACUUAGAAACUUAUUCCAGUGUCUGCCUGCAAGCUAAAAAUCUUUACCAGUGUGUGUGCGUGUUUAGGCUACCUGCCCCUCCCCCCAUAGGCUACUGUACUGACGUUACAAUCGUGAUUCAGAAGAUAGGGAGAGAGAUUUUUAUUAGCUAGAGAAGAAUGGAUUAACUUUUUCAAUGCUAGUUAAGGAUACUAUAGGCUUAUUAAUAACAUUUAAUGUUGGAUUUAUUAACUACAAAAAGGUAAGAUGUGUUUUUAAUUCUGGUGCCACUCUGCACACACAAACUUGUUAUCUAGCUAGCUCAAGCUUGUUAGCUAGCUAGCUCAAAGGACAUUUAAAGUUCCUCCAUAGAAGCCACUCCUCCAAGGUAUAAUUAUGUGGACCUAAUUCAGAUCAUGUAUGUCAUAACAAGAUGCCCAGAGCUUCAAGCCUCCUCCUCAACCCUCUCUCGCUUUCUCCCAACCCGCAAAAUGUCAGUCGCAUCUUGCGCCAUAGGCUACACUUGUCUGUCCAUCACGCAUGUAAACAACUAGCUUGCCUGCUCUAUCCACACUGAUUGGUGAAGUAAAGAGCUAAAUGUAAAAAACUUGAUUUUACAGGAUAAAAAAGGAACAGAAAGGAACAAUAUAAACCAGUACUUUUUUGGGGUUCGACCCGGUUCAGAACUUUAUUUUGCUGGUCGGAACAGUUGAACGGAACAAAAAAAAUAUUGGUUCUGUUCAGAACGAAACGAUUGGAAAAUCAUUUUGGUUCCAACCCCUGACACACACACACAAGCAACUCACGUACGGACACACACACCACACAUACACACUAACACCCCUCUCUUCUCUGUAUGUAGACCUGUCUCAGGAGGUAGUGGAUGCAGGAGCCGUUCCUCUGCUGGUGCUGUGUAUCCAGGAACCAGAGGUGGCCCUGAAACGCAUCGCUGCCUCGGCCCUCAGCGACAUCGCCAAGCACUCACCUGAGCUGGCUCAGACUGUGGUCGACACUGGCGCCAUCGCACACCUGGCCCAGAUGAUCCUCAACCCCGACGCCAAGCUGAAGGUGAGGGGGCAGGAACAUUGAAACAAAAUAAGGCUUACCCAGGUUGACACAGUCAUUAUGUUGUCAAUAUAAACACACAUAGAUGAGGUUAGAUUAGACAUUACAGUCCACUCUCUUUCCUCACUCCCCUUCUUCACUUCCUCUCCCCUGUCCCCCCCCCCCCCCCCCCCCUCCUUCCAUUCAGAGGCAGGUGUUCUCUGCGCUGAGUCAGAUCAGUAAGCACUCAGUGGACCUGGCCGAGAUGGUGGUGGAGGCAGAGAUCUUCCCUGCUGUCCUGGCCUGCCUCCGAGACCCCGACGAGUACGUCAGGAAGAACGUCACCACGCUGAUGAGAGAGAUCACCAAACACACACCUGAGGUACACCCACACACACCAAACAUCAGAGGUACACAGACACUACACACACCACACAUCAGAACACACACUCACCUACACCAAACACACACUAGGGGUACCAAACUCCCUAACUCCCUACCAUAUUCUCACAUGUGCCCCUACCCUCGCCUGAAUGUGUGUGUAUGUGUACAGCUGUCUCAGAUGAUCGUGAACACGGGUGGUGUGGCGGCGGUGAUUGACUACCUGGGUGAUUGCCGUGGUAAUGUGCGGUUGCCAGGGAUCAUGAUGCUUGGAUAUGUGGCUGCUCACUCUGAAAACCUUGCCAUGGCCGUCAUCGUCUCUAAGGUAUGUGUGUGUGCCAGGGUUGGGGUCAAUUCAGAAUUUCGGAAUUUAAUUAAAUUCAAACAAUGAAUUUGAAUUAAAUUUGAAUUGGCCACACCCCACAGGAAGCAGAAUUUGAAUCGAAUUUGAAUUGAAGGAAGUAUAAUUGAAUUCAAAGCAAUUCAACUGAGAUGUGAAACAUGAAAGUCUCAUUAAUUUGACAAAUAUUUUAUCAAAAGGAUAUGCCACUCAUUAACGCAAAGAAUACACAUACCAUUUCAAAUAUUAGUUUGAUUAUAACUAUAAGAUGUCAAACAGUGCUUUUCUUUGUCAUGAGAUGUUAGAUUGGGGACUCCCUAAAAACACCCCUCUUCAAUACUGCUACGACCGGAAGUGACUUUUCGUAGCUGGUUAGGAGAGCAUUUUCGCUAACCUUAACUCUUUUCCUAACCUUAACCUAAUUCUCCUAACCAGCUACGUUAAUUCUCCUAACCUGCUGCGUAAGUUCUCCUAACCAGCUAUGAAAAAGUCACUUCUGGUCGUAGUUGUAUCGAAGUGGCGUGUUUUUAGGGAAUCUUGUUAGAUUGUUCAAAUCAAAUUGUAUUUGUCACAUGCGCCGAAUACAACAGGUGAAAUGUUCCAUUUCAUACUGCAGUGUUUGAUCUAAUGCAUUCUGGGGAUUUUUUCUUCUUCUGAUAUUUAUAAAAUUAAGGGAAUUAUGAAUUAUUAUAGACAACCCAUAACAUGAUCUUAGCACAUUUCAAGACCACUGUAAUUAUUUAAAAAUAGUUUUAGGAGAAUGAGCUUUAAAAAAAUGAAAUGUUUCAACCUCAUGCUACAUGGUAGUGGUAACCAUACAUGAUUUCUAUGGUGAUGUGUAGAAUAAAUAAGCCAUUUGAAUUGCUUCCGGUGGGGUGUGGCCAAUUCAAAUUAAAUUGAAAUUCAAUCAUUUAAUUGAAAUUUCAAGAGCAAUUCGCAACUCAAUUUAGAAAAGGCCCCAACCCUGGUGUGUGCACUGUGCAUCGUCUCCAAAGUGUGUGCGUUUGUGUGUUGACUGUCUCCAAGCUGUGUGCGUUUGUGUGUCCACUGUCUCCAAGCUGUGUGCGUUUGUGUGUCCACUGUCUCCAAGCUGUGUGCGUUUGUGUGUGCACUGUCUCCAAGCUGUGUGCGUUUGUGUGUCCACUGUCUCCAAGCUGUGUGCGUUUGUGUGUGCACUGUCUCCAAGCUGUGUGCGUUUGUGUGUCCACUGUCUCCAAGCUGUGUGCGUUUGUGUGUCCACUGUCUCCAAGCUGUGUGCGUUUGUGUGUCACUGUCUCCAAGCUGUGUGCGUUUGUGUGUCCACUGUCUCCAAGCUGUGUGCGUUUGUGUGUCCACUGUCUCCAAGCUGUGUGCGUUUGUGUGUCCACUGUCUCCAAGCUGUGUGCGUUUGUGUGUCCACUGUCUCCAAGCUGUGUGCGUUUGUGUGUCCACUGUCUCCAAGCUGUGUGCGUUUGUGUGUCCACUGUCUCCAAGCUGUGUGCGUUUGUGUGUCCACUGUCUCCAAGCUGUGUGCGUUUGUGUGUCCACUGUCUCCAAGCUGUGUGCGUUUGUGUGUCCACUGUCUCCAAGCUGUGUGCGUUUGUGUGUCCACUGUCUCCAAGCUGUGUGCGUUUGUGUGUCCACUGUCUCCAAGCUGUGUGCGUUUGUGUGUCCACUGUCUCCAAGCUGUGUGCGUUUGUGUGUCCACUGUCUCCAAGCUGUGUGCGUUUGUGUGUCCACUGUCUCCAAGCUGUGUGCGUUUGUGUGUCCACUGUCUCCAAGCUGUGUGCGUUUGUGUGUCCACUGUCUCCAAGCUGUGUGCGUUUGUGUGUCCACUGUCUCCAAGCUGUGUGCGUUUGUGUGUCCACUGUCUCCAAGCUGUGUGCGUUUGUGUGUUUACUGUCUCCAAGCUGUGUGCGUUUGUGUGUUGACUGUCUCCAAGCUGUGUGCGUUUGUGUGUUGACUGUCUCCAAGCUGUGUGCGUUUGUGUGUCCACUGUCUCCAAGCUGUGUGCUCUCCUUUUCUACCUCUCUCUCCUUCAUAACCUCUCUCCUGUCCUCCCUGGUUGUUGUUGCUCCUCCGGCCCUGUAGGGGGUGCCCCAGCUGGCCAUCUGUCUGUCUGAGGAGCCAGAGGAACAUAUCAAGGCGGCAACAGCGUGGGCGUUUGGCCAGAUUGGCCACCACACCCCGGAGCACGCCAGGGCCGUUGCCACGGCUAACGUCCUGCCCAAGUUGCUGGCCCUCUACAUGGACACAGACAGCUCCGAGGACCUGCAGGUCAAGGUAGGGUCAUAGGUCAUUGUUAUUACCAGAAGCCUGUGUAGUAGGCACAGGAUGCUACUGAAGCUCUUACUGAACAUUUCUGAGGGUUAUAAGUGCAGCAGACAGUAAACGGACCAUAACAUAUCCUGUAUCAUCCUAAAUCCUGACCCCCCCCCCCCACCCAACCCCCACCCCACCCCCAGGCUAAGAAGGCUCUGAAGAGUAUCCUACAGAAGUGCAACUACCUGCCUGCUCUGGAGCCCCUGCUCUACGAAGCUCCCAGCAACAUCCUCAAACACGUCGUCUGCCAGUUCAGCAAGGUGGGGGCGUGUUUGUCAACUCUUAUUUACAUAAGCCUCUUCACACUACUAGGUAUCACAGCCUAAUAAUGUUUUAGUUCUGGAAAUCAGACUGUUUAAAUCCAGUCUAGGUCAAUUUAAACCGUUUUUGAGAAAUUAUAUUUUCAUUAGUUCGUUUUAAAAGUGCAAUUAAGUCCAAGAUUAGGCUUAAUCUCUGUCCGGAAAACCUGCCUCAAAGGUUUGGUUCAGACAGUCCCGGAAGUUCAGACAGUCCAGGAAAUCCAAUGCCUUGUAUUCCCUGUAUCCCUCCUCUCCCCUCCCUCUCCUCUCCCCUCCCCCUCUCCAGGUGCUGCCCCGUGACAGCAACGCUCGUCGUCUGUUUGUGACCAGCGGAGGCCUGAAGAAGGUUCAGGAGAUUAAGGCUGAUCCUGGAUCUGCCCUGCAGGAGUACAUCAACUCUAUCAACAGCUGUUACCCUGAGGAGAUAGUCAGGUACACACACACAAGCCACGUCAUUUACUAAUUUACUGGCUAUAACAUCAGAUGAAUCUAGUGUGUUUCUACUACCAGGCAUUCCCUCACCCCCAACCCAACCCCUUUGUUGUGUCCUCUGUCCUCAUGCUGUAGAUACUACUCCCCCGGCUACUCAGAGACCCUGCUGGAGCAGGUAGAGAAGUACCAGCCUGUCUGAGGGUCUGGGGAGAUAUGGGCUCGCAUCCCCUCGUUACUGACACUGAAUGUGAGAUUACGAUUUUACCGUUUCACCCUCAUCCAUGAAUAUGAGGACUGAAGACUAUAUAAAACUAUCGUUUAUUAUCGCACUGAUUAUGUUUUCUGUCUUUGUUUCAAUGUGUAUAUGCAUUGAUCAUAGCUGAGUAGACCUAUGUGAGCAUUUGAAGAGGAAUGACAAAACUUCAUCAUUAAUUUGUUAAACAAGUAAUUUACUAGUACCAUUGAACCAUUGUAUAUGCACCUAGUUUUGUGUUUUAUGUUAAUAUUCAGAGGGUUUUAUAUUUAAAGGUUAUAUGAUUGCACGUUUAUGGUGAUCG